GCUCCGCGGCCGCGCCCGAGCAUUUGAUUAAUCCCGGCAUACGACGCCGGCACCGACGAGCGCCUGCAGCAAACACAGUCGCAACAGCACUGCACGACUAAGAAACACUCUUGCAACACACCACCGCGAAAUGGCGGGAGGCAGCGCGACGCUCAAGGCGUUCUUCGCGCCUAAAAAGUCCAAGGCCGCGCCCAAGCGCGCGAGCGAGGAGUCGACGUCGUCGACGGAGGCCAAGGACGUCGCCGCGCCCGCGGCGAAGAAGAGCAAGCCGGAGCCCGCGGCGCCCGCCGGGCGCCUGCGCAGGCCCGACCGCGCGGCGUCCGAGGCGUCGGACGACGACGAGCUCAUGGCCGCCGCGCCCGCCGCGGCCAAGGCGGCGCCCGCCGAGGCGCCCGCGGCCGCCGCGCCCGCGGCCGCCGCGCCCGCGGCCGCGAAGCCCGCGGCGGAGGCCGCCAAGCCCAAGGAGAAGCAGGCGCCCGUCUUCGCGAACCCGGGCGCGAAGGCGUCGCCCGCGGCGCCCGACUGGGCGGACGCGGGCUGCGUGCCCUACGCGGCCAUCGCCGCGGUCUUCGAGAAGAUCGAGGCGACGACGAAGCGCCUCGAGAUCCAGGGCCACGUGCGCGACCUGCUGGGCCAGGUCAUGCGCCACGCGCCGGGCGACCUCACCGCGUGCGUCUUCCUGCUCUGCAACAAGGUCGCGCCGGCCUUCGAGAACCUGGAGAUGGGCAUCGGCGACUCGCUGCUCAUGAAGGCCGUGGCCCACGCCUUCGGCAAGAAUGCGAAGCACGUCAAGGGCGAGUACGAGAAGCAGGGCGACCUCGGCAUCGUCGCCGAAGACGCGCGGAAGAAGCAGAAGACGCUGAGCUUCGGCGCGAAGCCCAAGCCCCUCCUCGCGGCCAAGGUCCUCGCGGCCUACCGCGAGAUCUGCGCCAUCUCGGGCUCCAAGUCCCAGGACGCCAAGAUCGGCCGCAUGCAGAAGCUCAUGACCGCGGCGACGCCCGUCGAGGCGCGCUACGUGACGCGCGGCCUGCAGGGCAAGCUCCGCAUCGGCCUCGCCGAGAGCUCCGUGCUCGUGGGCCUCGCCCACGCCGCGGAGCUCUGGCCCACGGCGGCCGCGGACGCGCGCGAGGACGCCGCGUUCGCGAAUGCGGAGGCGCCGCCCGACGCGCACGAGUCGCUCGACGACGCGCGCGCGGCCGCGGCCGACGCCGUCGUCAAGCAGUGCUACGCGGAGGCGCCGAGUUACGCGACGCUCUGCGAGGGCAUCCUCUCGCGGCCGCUCUGGGCCCUGCCCGAGGCCUGCGCCCUCGCCGUCGGCGUGCCCGUCUUCCCCAUGCUCGCCAAGCCGACGAAGUCCGUCGGCGAGGUGCUCAAGCGGCUGGGCGGCAUCGCGAUCACGUGCGAGCACAAGUACGACGGCGAGCGCUUCCAGGCCCACAUGCUCCCCAACGGCGACGUCAAGGUCUUCUCGCGCAACCUCCAGGAGACGACGAAGAAGUGGCCCGAGGUCCAGGCCGUCGUCCGCGCGGCCGCGGAGGCCAGGGGCACGAAAUCGUUCGUCCUCGACGCCGAGGUCGUCGCCAUCGACGUCAAGACGGGCCAGCUCCUGCCGUUCCAGCGCCUGUCCACGCGCAAGAAGGAGGCGUCCGUGGAGGACGUCACGGUCGACGUCAUCGUCAUGGCCUUCGACCUCCUCUUCCUCGACGGCGAGAGCCUGCUCCGGAAGUCGCUCAAGGAGCGCCGCGCGGCGAUGCGCGGCGGCUUCGCGCCCGCGGAGCACAAGUUCGCCUUCGCCGACGCCGUCGACGUGCCCGCGUCCUGCGACGAGUGCGACGCCGCGGAGCACAUCCAGCACGCGCUCGAGGCGUCCAUCGUCGCCAAGUCCGAGGGGCUCAUGGUGAAGACGCUCGAGGCGAACGCGACCUACGAGCCGUCGAAGCGGUCCCUCAACUGGCUCAAGCUCAAGAAGGACUACCUCGACGGCGUCGGCGACUCGCUGGAUCUGGUCGUCGUCGGCGCGUACAUGGGCCGGGGCAAGCGGACGGGCGUCUUCGGCGCGUACUUGUGCGCGUGCCUCGACGCGGACACGGGCGACCUCCAGAGCGUCUGCAAGAUCGGCACGGGGUUUAGCGACGAGGACCUCAAGACGCUCGACGCCCAGGCGCGGGCCAUGGUGCUCCCCGCGAAGCCGCGCCACGUGAAAUGCGGCGACGCGCUCGAGCACGACAUCACGUGGAUCGAGCCCAAGCUCGUCUGGGAGGUCCAGGUCGCGGACCUGAGCCUCUCCGACACGCACAAGGGCGCCCUGGGCCGCGUCAAGGAGGGCCGCGGCAUCGGCCUCCGCUUCCCGCGGCUCCUCCGGCCCCGCGACGACAAGACCGCGGACGAGGCGACGAACGCGGACCAGGUCCUCGACAUGUACCUCAAGCAGGACUCCGUCAAGGACGCCGUCGCGGAGGAGGAGGAGGACGACGACGACGGCUACCUCUAGUCGCGCGGCCCCGCCAAGGGGGCCCCCGUAAGCAAUGUCGGCCGUGG